AUGGGGACACAGGGGCAUGAGCGAAUGGAUGGAAGCAUGGGGACACAGGGGCAUGAGCGAAUGGAUGGAAGCAUGGGGACACAGGGGCAUGAGCGAAUGGAUGGAAGCAUGGGGACACAGGGGCAUGAGCGAAUGGAUGGAAGCAUGGGGACACAGGGGCAUGAGCGAAUGGAUGGAAGCAUGGGGACACAGGGGCAUGAGCGAAUGGAUGGAAGCAUGGGGACACAGGGGCAUGAGCGAAUGGAUGGAAGCAUGGGGACACAGGGGCAUGAGCGAAUGGAUGGAAGCAUGGGGACACAGGGGCAUGAGCGAAUGGAUGGAAGCAUGGGGACACAGGGGCAUGAGCGAAUGGAUGGAAGCAUGGGGACACAGGGGCAUGAGCGAAUGGAUGGAAGCAUGGGGACACAGGGGCAUGAGCGAAUGGAUGGAAGCAUGGGGACACAGGGGCAUGAGCGAAUGGAUGGAAGCAUGGGGACACAGGGGCAUGAGCGAAUGGAUGGAAGCAUGGGGACACAGGGGCAUGAGCGAAUGGAUGGAAGCAUGGGGACACAGGGGCAUGAGCGAAUGGAUGGAAGCAUGGGGACACAGGGGCAUGAGCGAAUGGAUGGAAGCAUGGGGACACAGGGGCAUGAGCGAAUGGAUGGAAGCAUGGGGACACAGGGGCAUGAGCGAAUGGAUGGAAGCAUGGGGACACAGGGGCAUGAGCGAAUGGAUGGAAGCAUGGGGACACAGGGGCAUGAGCGAAUGGAUGGAAGCAUGGGGACACAGGGGCAUGAGCGAAUGGAUGGAAGCAUGGGGACACAGGGGCAUGAGCGAAUGGAUGGAAGCAUGGGGACACAGGGGCAUGAGCGAAUGGAUGGAAGCAUGGGGACACAGGGGCAUGAGCGAAUGGAUGGAAGCAUGGGGACACAGGGGCAUGAGCGAAUGGAUGGAAGCAUGGGGACACAGGGGCAUGAGCGAAUGGAUGGAAGCAUGGGGACACAGGGGCAUGAGCGAAUGGAUGGAAGCAUGGGGACACAGGGGCAUGAGCGAAUGGAUGGAAGCAUGGGGACACAGGGGCAUGAGCGAAUGGAUGGAAGCAUGGGGACACAGGGGCAUGAGCGAAUGGAUGGAAGCAUGGGGACACAGGGGCAUGAGCGAAUGGAUGGAAGCAUGGGGACACAGGGGCAUGAGCGAAUGGAUGGAAGCAUGGGGACACAGGGGCAUGAGCGAAUGGAUGGAAGCAUGGGGACACAGGGGCAUGAGCGAAUGGAUGGAAGCAUGGGGACACAGGGGCAUGAGCGAAUGGAUGGAAGCAUGGGGACACAGGGGCAUGAGCGAAUGGAUGGAAGCAUGGGGACACAGGGGCAUGAGCGAAUGGAUGGAAGCAUGGGGACACAGGGGCAUGAGCGAAUGGAUGGAAGCAUGGGGACACAGGGGCAUGAGCGAAUGGAUGGAAGCAUGGGGACACAGGGGCAUGAGCGAAUGGAUGGAAGCAUGGGGACACAGGGGCAUGAGCGAAUGGAUGGAAGCAUGGGGACACAGGGGCAUGAGCGAAUGGAUGGAAGCAUGGGGACACAGGGGCAUGAGCGAAUGGAUGGAAGCAUGGGGACACAGGGGCAUGAGCGAAUGGAUGGAAGCAUGGGGACACAGGGGCAUGAGCGAAUGGAUGGAAGCAUGGGGACACAGGGGCAUGAGCGAAUGGAUGGAAGCAUGGGGACACAGGGGCAUGAGCGAAUGGAUGGAAGCAUGGGGACACAGGGGCAUGAGCGAAUGGAUGGAAGCAUGGGGACACAGGGGCAUGAGCGAAUGGAUGGAAGCAUGGGGACACAGGGGCAUGAGCGAAUGGAUGGAAGCAUGGGGACACAGGGGCAUGAGCGAAUGGAUGGAAGCAUGGGGACACAGGGGCAUGAGCGAAUGGAUGGAAGCAUGGGGACACAGGGGCAUGAGCGAAUGGAUGGAAGCAUGGGGACACAGGGGCAUGAGCGAAUGGAUGGAAGCAUGGGGACACAGGGGCAUGAGCGAAUGGAUGGAAGCAUGGGGACACAGGGGCAUGAGCGAAUGGAUGGAAGCAUGGGGACACAGGGGCAUGAGCGAAUGGAUGGAAGCAUGGGGACACAGGGGCAUGAGCGAAUGGAUGGAAGCAUGGGGACACAGGGGCAUGAGCGAAUGGAUGGAAGCAUGGGGACACAGGGGCAUGAGCGAAUGGAUGGAAGCAUGGGGACACAGGGGCAUGAGCGAAUGGAUGGAAGCAUGGGGACACAGGGGCAUGAGCGAAUGGAUGGAAGCAUGGGGACACAGGGGCAUGAGCGAAUGGAUGGAAGCAUGGGGACACAGGGGCAUGAGCGAAUGGAUGGAAGCAUGGGGACACAGGGGCAUGAGCGAAUGGAUGGAAGCAUGGGGACACAGGGGCAUGAGCGAAUGGAUGGAAGCAUGGGGACACAGGGGCAUGAGCGAAUGGAUGGAAGCAUGGGACAGGGCAUGAGCGAAUGGAUGGAAGCAUGGGGACACAGGGGCAUGAGCGAAUGGAUGGAAGCAUGGGGACACAGGGGCAUGAGCGAAUGGAUGGAAGCAUGGGGACACAGCCCUCGAGAGGCGCUCUUAACACUGACAGCCCUCCCUGCACUGCACGCACCUUUGUUGGGUGGUCUGAGGAAGUCAGCAUCAUCUGCAUUCAUGAAGGGCGGCGAGCGUGGCAGCAGCCCCACCAGCCUUCCCUCAACGCACGCACAGCAACAGCCCUCCCUGCACGCACCUACACCAUCAGCACUCCCUGCACGCACCUUUGUCGGGUGGUCUGAGGAAGUCAGCAUCGUCUGCAUUCAUGAAGGGCGGCGAGCGUGGCAGCAGCCCUCCCCAGAUGCACCUACACUACACCAGCAGCCCUCCCCAGAUGCACCUACACUACACCAGCAGCCCUCCCCAGAUGCACCUACACUACACCAGCAGCCCUCACGAGGCGCACUCUUAACAGCGACAGCCCUGCCUGCAUCAGCCCCAGCAUGUGGCCGCCUGGUUGAGGGGCAGGAAGGCAGGAGGGCAGGAGGGGAAGGAGGGGAAGGAGUCGAAGAAGGGGCAAGGAAAAGAUUUGUGGGGCUGAUAAGCAAGUCGGAUGAGCCUGGCAGCAGCCCCAACAUGUGGCCGCCUGGGGGGGAAAUGCGGCAGGAGGAGCAGGAGGGAAAAUAG